CGUCCUGCCUGCUCCGGCCAUCCUGGAGAGCUGGGUCGGCCGCCUUCAAAGGCCCUAGGUUUCUUUGCUUCAGGCUCUAUCGCACUGGGACCUGACCGUUACCAGGAAUCGUAGGGAGGACUCCAGGGGACCCAGGAAACCCAAAAAUGGACUUGGUGGCCUUUGAGGAUGUAAGUGUGAAGUUUACACUGGAGGAGUGGGCUUUACUGGAUUCUUCACAGAAGAAACUCUACAGGGACGUGAUGAGGGAAACCUUCAGGAACUUGGCCUCAAUAGGAGAAAUAUGCAAAGACCAUGACAUUGAAGAUCACUACGAACAUCAUGGAACGAAUUUAAGCAGUCAUAUAGUAGAGAGACUGGGUAAAAGUAAACAAGGUAGUCAAUAUGGAGAAAACUUCAGCCAGAUUUCAAAUCAUAACCAGGAAAAGAAAACUUCUACUGGAAUAAAAGUAUGUGAAUGCAGUUUGUGUGGAAUCUUCAUGAAUCAUUCAUUCUUUAAUAGGCAUAUGAGAUCUCACACUACACCCAACUCAUUUGAGUAUCUGGAAUAUGAGGAAAAGCCAUAUAAAUGUAAGGAAUGUGGGAAAGCCUUCAAGUAUCGCCAAUCCUUUCGAAGGCAUGAAAGGAUUCACACUGGAGUGAAACCCUAUCUUUGUAAGCACUGUGAUAAAGCCUUCAGUUGUCUCAGUUACUGUCGAGCUCAUGAACUGUCUCACACAGGAGAGAAACCGUAUAAAUGUGAGCAGUGUGGCAAAGCUUUCAGUUGUCCCAGUUACUUUAGAAAACAUGAAAGAACUCACACUGGAGAGAAACCUUAUGAAUGUAAGCAAUGCAGUAAAGCCUUCAGCUGCUUUACAUCCUUUCAAAGUCAUGAAAGGAGACACAGUGGAGAAAAGCCCUAUGAAUGCAAAAAAUGUGGCAAAGCCUUCAGUUGUCCAAGUUACUUUCGAAAACAUAAAAGAAUUCAUACUGGAGAGAAACCCUAUAAAUGUCAGCAGUGUGGUAAAGGCUUCAGUUGUUCUAAAUCCUUUCGAAGUCAUGAAAGGAGACACAGUGGAGAAAAGCCCUAUAAAUGUAAAAAAUGUGGCAAAGCCUUCAGUUGUCCAAGUUACUUUCGAAAACAUGAACGAAGUCAUACUGAAGAGAAGCUCUAUGAAUGUAAGGAAUGUGGCAAAGCCUUCAGUUGUCCAAGUUACUUUCGAAAACAUGAAAGAAAUCAUACUGGAGAGAAGCCCUAUGAAUGUAAGGAGUGUGGGAAAGCCUUGAGUUCUCUCACUAACUUUCGAAGACACAUGAUGAAGCACACUGGAGAUGGGCCUUACAAGUGUAAGGAGUGUGGGAAAGUCUUCGAUUGCCCAAAUUACUUUCGGUAUCAUGAAAGCACACACAGUGGAGAAAAGCCAUAUGAAUGUAUGGAAUGUGGUAAACUCUUCAGUACUCCCAGGUCCCUUCAAAAUCAUGAAAAAUCUCAUACUAGAAAAAAAACUCAUGAAUGUAAGGAAUGUGGUAAAGCCUUCAGUUUUCCUUGUUCCCUUCAAAAGCAUGAAAGAAGUCACACUGGGGAGAAACCCUACAAAUGUAAGCAAUGUGGGAAAGCGUUCACUUACCUCAGUUCCAUUCAAAAACAUGAAAGAACUCAUAGUGGAGAGAAGCCCUAUGAAUGUAAGGAAUGUGGGAAGGCCUUCAUUUCUCUUUCCAAUGUUCAAAGACAUAUGAUAAAGCACACUGGAGAUGGGCCUUGUAAGUGUAAGGAAUGUGGGAAAGCCUUUGAUUGUCCUAGUUCACUAAGAACACAUGAAAGAACUCACACUGGAGAGAAGCCCUAUCGAUGUAACAAUUGUAAUAAAGCCUUCAGUCGUCCCAGUUCUUUACGAAAUCAUGGAAGAACUCAUACCUAAGAAAAAGUCUAUGAAUACUCCAAGGAGUAUGAGAGAGCCUUUUGUGAAAAUGUAAGAAUCACACUGGAGAGAUACCCUAUGUGUGUAGAGAAUGUGGAAAACCCUUUAGUUUUCUCAUUUCCUUGGGAAGCUACACACACAACCUCACAGUGGAGAAAAUUCUACUAAAUGUAAACAAUAUAGGAAAACCUUCACAUCUCAAAUCUCUACCAUGUCAGAGUAGAU